AUGAGUUCGAGGGCCAAGGAUACGAACAUGUUCCUUGUGCAUGGGAAAAAUGGGCUGUUUGUCAACGGUUGCGUUCCGGGCCGUCGAGCGGAGACACCCUCUGAAUACGCGGCGGACGCCGAUGAAAGCGCAAGAUCGGAUACCACCACACCGUACACCAGUGUCACGGUGUGGUCGUUGAACCGUUUCGCGAGGCACUACGCGCGCUCGCCGAACAACAACGUGGCCAUCGUGGAUGACCGCUUGGGGCUGUCAAUUCUGCACGUGAAGGGCGAAUCGCCGUCUGAUUUUUCAUUCGACACGCUUCGCGGCGUGGGGAAGUACCGCAAUCUCUACACCCCAAUCGGCUGCAAGAACAUCAAACACCUGCAGUGGUCCAACAACGGCGUAUACCUGGUGAUAUACUUCAACCUUACCAACUGCUCCAGGGAGACGGGCCUGUUCCUGGAGGACAACUUGCACAUUUGGGACAUUUCGCAGAAAUGCAUCGUGGGCAGCUUCAGCACACGCCGCUUGUCCCCCGAUCAGUGGCCCAUAAUCAAGUGGGUGGGACACAGCGACAAGUUCGCCCUGUGUUACGGCCAGCAGGUGUCGAUCUACGCAAUCACGUCUUCCGAGAACACCCCGUUGAAGAGUACUCGUUUGCUGCACUCCAUCCCGAUCCCCCGCGUGUUUUCUGUGGAGGUGUUUUCACCCGAGUGCCUCCCCGACUCCAACGACCAAAGCAAGGGCGAAGUGUUGGGAACUGAUAGGAAAGGUGGUGCGGUCCCUGGGGGCAAGGCGGAACACACUAGUGGGUUGUCACUGGGUGAACGCAGCGGAACUGAUGCAACAACCGUAGGCAGUUUCGCCGCGACCUCUGAUCGUGAUGACGCAUCUUCAGUUGCACCCGGAGAUGUGGUGGGCUCUGCUGCCGACUUACGGGCUGACACUCCCAGCGCCAAGGAGAGCAGUGCGACGUCCCCUCGUUCCAUCGCGGGGUCAGAAAGCAAAUCACUUGCCCGUUUCUGUCGAGGUGCCCAAGACUGCACUAUAUCAAUUGCUGCGUACACCAAGGCGGAUGUUAGCUCCCAAAUAUCGGGCAACUUGCGCAUCACCACUCUGCGGUGCGUGGGUGAUGAGUUAUCGGAGCUCUCGUCCGUUGACCACGAGUUGAAGUCAGAGGACUCCGCCGACAUGUUCUGGUCGCCCUCUGGGCGCUCUCUGCUGGUGCUCGGGCAGUCGAUUGUCGACUUGGCCGGUGAGAAGUACGGUUCGACCUCCAACUGCUUCCUGUUCCGCUCCUCAGGCGACUUCGUCUGCCAGGUGAACAUGCAGACCACCCACGACGCGCGGUGGUGCCCUACGCGUGACGAAUUCAUACUCAUGGAGGGAAACAUGCCGUGCGACAUCACGCUGUACGACUCGGAUUGCGUGCAGUUGUUCACCUUUCCCAAGUCGUACCGGAACACCAUCAAGUGGAACCCCCUGGGUAACAUGGUCGCGCUCUGUGGCUUUGGUAACCUGGCUGGGGAAAUCUGUUUCUGGUACCGCAAGGACGCCUGCGACUACGAGCAGAUUGUGCACUUAAAAGAACCGUGCACAGUCGUCUCCGAGUGGUCGUCCGACUCCCGCUAUUUCAUGGCUGCCUCAACUUUCCCGCGCAUGAAAGUGGAUAACUUUUUGAAGAUUUUCAGCCACGAGGGCGACCUUUUGGAGAGUCAGAAGUUCGACGAGUGCUACGGCGUAUGCUGGAUGGACCACCCCGAUUCCGAUUGGGAAUUCGUGCGCCCCAACGUCCGACAGAGCGCCCAGCGCAAGGCCGUUUACCGCCCCAAAAUCCUGAACAAAGGCGGAAUAUCGAGGCGAACGAGUGAGGGAUACGGCACGCGAUCGCUGUUGGGAUCCGACGCAUUCUCGAGGGAUGGCAGGACCACCGCCAUGCCGACGCCUUCUCAGGACGGCGUUCGCGCGCCAGCACCAGCUGAGGGGGUCAGGCAAUACGCAAUGUGGAAUUCGAUGAUGCCCACCAACGGGCACUCCAAGCCGACGAAUUCGGUGGCGAUGCCACGCAGUGCCCGCAGCAGGUCGUACCGCGGGUCGCUCUUCUCUACUGACUACGGAGACAAAAACGACCCCACUAUCGACCUGAUGAACGCGUUCCGCAACGUUUUCUCGCUAUCCCAAUUCAGGCCGCCUCCUCAACCGGCGUCUUACGAGAAUGCGAACGCGCCACGAUUCCCGCAUGACUGCCUCGGCGACUACCCACACUUGCCCUUGGGGAGGCGCACGGCUCAAGCACGAGGCGGUUCUGGCAGUGCCAGCUCCAACCAAGAUGACGCAUCCAGGAGACUCGCCAUGUUGAUGCGCAUCAAGAGCCAGAUGCAGUGCGAGAAGUCCAAGCCGCUGCAGCAGACGGUGCUUGACGAGGUCCAGCUGCUAAAACUGCUGCUGGAGGCCAAGAACCGGUCGCUGAAUCGGGCUCGCGCUGAGUAG